CGUGAAGUAGGAUACGCUCUGAUAGAAUUUGGCAAAAUCUGGCAUCGAGAUUGAAUCGAUCCUCAUUCCCCUGCUCCGUUUAUUGCAUCUGAACGGACRAGACUCUAUCUUCUCUCCGCAAGAACAUGGCACUGCGGCUUCCGUCUUCAUCGGCAGCGGUGGUAAGGCGAAACAAAAACCAUCUGAAGAGCAAGDCAUCGUCCCUUCCGUCGGAAGACUCUGCAUUGUCGAACCAUAGCUACAGCCACGGUACUUCUUACAACGACGACAUCGAGGCUGCUUCGGAACCGUUGCACCAUCGGAAUGUUCCCCACCUGAGCAACAACAGUGGUCUCACCACUAGCAGUAGUAAGAACAACAACAACAACAACAACAACAACAACAAAAUCAAACACAAAGGAUUCCAUUUGCAGAACGGGCGGAGCAGGCGGGUCACGGGCAAAAACCCUCGAAGGACCUCCAGGGUUGUUUGCUGCGGAGUCCUGCCUGUGGAUCUCCCGGUGGUCGGUGCCUUGGUAUUCUUGUUGAUCGCCGGAGUGGUCCUCGUGGGUGUGGCAAGAACUACUCUGGACCUACACAAAUAUAGAUCCACAUCUACCGACAAAGUUCGAGGCGGCGAUGCCCACGAUUCCCAGGCCCGUAACCGCUGGCGGAAUGAACAGCGGCUGCUGGACGGAUCCGAUAGGAGUGAGCACGAAUCACCAUUUGCGCCUGGCCAUGCUCACGACAAGAAAAAGCGGAAUUCGAAGCGAAAAGAGGGGGAGUGGGCAAAGGAUCAUCCGCAAGCCGCAGCCUUUUCUGUCUCCCCCGUUCGUUUAGUUCGCAGAGAGAAUCACACUGGUGAGACAGUGGACUACGACGUUGUCGUCGCGGGAGCGGGUCCGGCGGGUUUGACCGCGGCUCUCUUUGCAGCUCGUUCUGGCCUGAAAGUCUACGUUCUUGGGUCUCCGGCCACCGGAUUGCUAUCACAGACCAAGAUUCUGGACAACUUUCCGUCCUUUUCCGAUUCCGAAGCCAAGAAAGCCGGCAAAAGUUCAGCCGUUAGGUCGGGCCCGGAAUGGCUGAAAACAACCCUGGCCCAAGCGAAAUCCUGGGGAGCUACUUUUGGGCCUCCAGGAUUGCUGGCAACCUCCUUAGAGCGACAAAGGAUCGCAACCCAAGAGGACGACCCUGGGAGCGAAACCGACUCUUCGCCCGAGCAGAAGGACGUUUAUUUUGCGAUUAAAACCGCAGAAGACCACGCAACGAUUCGGGCCUGGUCGAUGGUGAUCGCCUCGGGCGCAACUCCCCGUUCCCUGGGAUUGUCGGGAGAGGACAAGCUCUGGGGAGUUUCCCUGCAUUCGUGCGCCAUUUGUGAUGGCCACCUGUACUCAUCCGCUGGUAGCGAUCACCGCAAAACCGUAGUGGUGGUGGGUGGAGGCGAUGCGGCCCUCGAUGCAGCCCUACUGCUGGCGCGGUACGACGCCACCGUCAUUCUGGUGCACCGUAGAAACGAAUUCUCCAGGGUCCACAACCUGGCCAACCUGGAGAUCGCCAGGUCGACGCCGAACAUACAGAUUCUGACACCCUACACAGUCGAACGGUGGAUCACCGACGAAACCGAGCCGAGCCGGCUGGUGGGAGUCCGGCUCACCAAAUCCGGCGGCAACGGUGAAGCAACAACACGCACGGUAAAGAUCGAUGGGGCCUUUGUGGCGAUCGGUGCAGUUCCGAAUACGCAAUGGAUCAAAGRCACGGGGAUCAAUCUCGAUGGGGAGGGACUGAUCCAGACGAAUCUCUCCCCGGGCGAGAUGCCAAUGGUAACAGCCACAUCGGUUCCCGGUCUUUUUGCAGCGGGAGAAGUCACCGACAAGAUCUAUAAACAAGCCAUCACGGCGGCGGCGGCGGGUGCCCAGGCCGGUAUGGAUGCCGAGCGAUGGCUGAGGGAACAGCGGGGAAUCGUUCUGCGAACUACCGGAACGAAAACCCCCGACCGUAGCCUUCAGAAUAAAUCGGGCAAGGAUCCAGUAAGCGACUUGGAAAGCAACACCGAUGGUAGCAACAACCACCCACGAGACGCCGACAACUGCGACUUGACACUGCAGGACUGCAUCGAAUCGAUCGUGAGAAAGUACCCCGUGGUGGUGUUCUCCAAACCAUGGUGUCCGUACUGUCGCAAGGCUUUGGAGGCACUGUCGCUCGCAGGUGUGUCGGUGGAAAACAAUCAAGGGCAGCUAUUGGUCGUUGAUCUUUCCAAGCACGCCAACACGCAAGAAAUUCAAUCGACGCUCCAAGCCAUGACCGGCCGCCGUACCGUCCCCAACGUCUUUGUGGGAGGGAAAAGCAUCGGGGGUGGAGACGAAACUCAUGGCUUUCAACAAAGAGGURAGCUGGUUCCCAUGCUCCAAGAAGCGAAUGCACUCCGUAUGGAUGAUUCCAAUAAAAACAAGGACAGCAACAACGAUAACCAGACGGACGGCAGCAAGAAGUUGUCGGGUGCAACCACCGGGAUCCAAACAACAGAAAAGAUCGACGAGCAGGGGAAAAUACAGAAGGCGAAACCACAACUGUCGCAUCAGUACAAGCCUAAAAAAGACCAACAAAAGCAUAAUGACAGCGACGGCUGGCACUCCUCCAGCAAGACGGAACCCUGCGAUCUUGCGCUAGAAUCUUGCGUCCGUACCGUUGUCGAGAAAUAUCCCAUUUUACUGUUCUCCCUCUCCUGGUGCCCUGAGUGCGUCCGCUCCCUGGAGUUGCUGGACCGGAUCGGCAUUUCGAGGGACCAGAUCCACAUCAUCGACCUGGACGAUUACAAGCCCAUCGCCCGCGACAUUCGUGGUCACAUGUAUGCCAUAGCCAAGCGGACGUCGGUCCCCAAUCUCUUUGUGGGAGGAGAAUUCGUUGGGGGAUAUUACCAAACGAAGAUGCUCCACGAAGCCGGGGGGCUGGUAUCGAUGUUUCGGGGCGUCGGAGCGCUGCCAGAAUAGAAGCGAUUGUAYGGUAAGGAUAGAAUGAACCAAAAUGCUGUGACGGUCUACAGAGCUACUUCCACGAGGAUUUUAGGUAAGGUGGCUGGGACUAGGGCCACCAGAAUGCCUGGGAUUAAUAUUCGUGACGGCAAGGCUUGGAGUCUAAAAAUUGAGGGCGUAUAGAUUUAUCAUUUUUU